UUGUUCGCGUCCCAUUUUGGGUGCAAGUUGUGCACCACCCAAACACUUUGUACCAUGUAUCAGCGGGCAGGAAGCUCCUGUGCAGGAACUCGCUUCGUCUCAGGUCCGCACAUUUCAUUACGGCAGCGGUUGACGGGGACCUUACGUGGCAUUCCUAAGAUGUCUUUUUCCUACUCGCGCAACAUUGAUUUCGGUAUCAUUUAAGAAGGUCUACGAGGCCUGUAUUUGUAUCCAGGUAAAAGAAACCUUGUCACAUCCUCUCAGAACACCUUUCUUGCUGGGAUCAUGGCAACCGGUGCGAUGCUUCGUGGCAAGGCAGCCUUGGUAACGGGUAGCACGCAAGGCAUUGGUCUUGCCAUGCUGAAGGCGUUGGCGUCCGCGGGCUGCAAUGUUACAAUGCAUGGCAUUGCGAAUGAUCUGGAGAAGAUUAACGGGGUCUGCAAGCAAAUUGCCAAGGAAAGCGGGGUUGAGGUUACUUACUCGGACGCAAACCUGCUGAGCCCGGCAGCUAUCCGCGACAUGGUCAAGCAAACGCAUUCAGCGUUUGGCAGACUGGAUAUCUUGGUAAACAACGCUGGCAUCCAGUACGUUUCCCCCGUCCACGAGUUCCCAGAGGACAAGUGGGAUGCCAUCAUCGGCGUGUGCCUCAACGCCACCUUCCACGCCACCAAGGCUGCACUACCGUACAUGAUGGAGCAGGGCUGGGGUCGCGUCAUCAACACCGGCUCCAUGCACGCGCUCGUGGCCUCCCCCUUCAAGUCCGCCUACAAUGCCGCGAAGCACGGCGUGGCGGGGUUCACCAAGACAGUAGCGCUUGAGGUUGCCACCAAGAACAUCACCGUCAACGCCAUCUGCCCCGGCUACACGGACACCGACCUAGUUCGCAAUCAGAUUGCGGACACGGCUCGCAUCCGCGGCGUCCCGGUGGAGAGCGUCAUCCGAGAUGUGAUGCUGGCGGACCAGCCCACCAAGAAGUUCGUACGUCCCGAAGACAUUGGUGCGCUCGUGGUGCACCUGUGCGGGCCGCACUCGGAUUCCUUCACCGGCGCCUGCCUCUCAAUCGACGGUGGCUGGGUGGCGCGCUAGGCGGGUGAGGAACGAGGCGCGCGCGUGGAGGUGGAGGUGGUGGAGGUGGUGGGGGUGCUGUACACUAGGAGAGAGGUGUUGUGUCUUUGUAUCUUGUAUGCUGGUAGGAGCAGUGGGCCGGAAGUGUCAUCGGGCAACAGCGAUGUCAACUGCACUCAUUGGCAUCGACCCAGAUGAUGGCUCACAUGUAUCGUAUGCAGGAAGCUCGGUGAGUCUUUAUACGUAGUAAGUAUGGUAGUAAAGAUGUUCGGUGCUUGUUUUGCCUUGCGUAUCGGACAAAAGCAGUGGAUCCCGGAAGAAGGGUGCCAGUAACGGCGAUGGUAAUUGUCAGGGUGUUGUGGGGCGCCAUGCGGCAAUGAGGAGUGGAAAGCCCGGGGGGCCUUAUGUACAGGAAGCACAAAUUCUCGUACAUAGCUUAAAGCUAUAGAUCUGCUUGCUAGUGUCCUAUCACAUGGGCCGCCGAAGCCAUCCUAAUAAGUGCGGCAACUGCACGGUUACGCGAUAAUGGCUUAUUUGCAGCACUGCGCUGUUUACCCUGUUUUGUUUAUAACGGCGCUUGUUGCGCGGUAUGUGUUGUAGUUAUGUUCAGUUUGUUUUUUUGGAGCCCGCCUACCUUUGGCCCUUUCCAAUGGCCAGUACGUUGGGACUAGGGAGUGGUGCUUUGAAAGCACGGCAUCUUGGUCUCUACCUGCCGUUUAGAGCAAGGGUUUAAAAAGGCCGUUGCUGCUCGUGGUGCCAUUUGCGACGUUGCGGACAUGUGCAGCCGCCUUUGAAAGAAACGUACGGAGGUUCUGGGGCUGAUGCCACAGGAAUCUUAUGACCCAGCAGCUGGCGGCGGGUUUUGUUAGCGGCUUCGAGUCUGCAUCUCGGUAAAACCCG